AUGGCUAAAGUACAACUGUCCAAUGUGGUUGUCUUAGACAAUCCGUCUCCAUUUUUAAAUCCUUUUCAAUUUGAACUUACGUUUGAGUGUAUUGAAGAUUUAAACGAAGAUUUGGAAUGGAAAAUGAUUUAUGUUGGAUCUGCUGAAAGUGAAGAACACGAUCAAAUACUAGAUACUAUUUAUGUUGGCCCUGUUCCUGAAGGAAGACAUAUGUUUGUUUUUGAAGCAAAUCCUCCAGAUGUAUCCAAAAUUCCCGUAGAAGAUGCUGUUGGUGUAACUGUUGUACUAUUAACUUGUUGCUAUCGUAAUCAGGAAUUUGUUAGAGUUGGAUACUUCAUUAACAAUGAAUAUACUGAUCCAGAGUUGCAAGAAAAUCCUCCAGCUACGCCUCAAUUUGAUAAGAUGACAAGAAAUAUAUUGGGUACUGAACCUAGGGUAACAAGGUUUAAGAUCAAUUGGGACGACUCGGAACAACCUACUACUAGUAAUGGAAUACAAACUACCUGUCACGAAAAUGAAGAUUCAAACCUACAAGAAAUGGAUGAAGAAGUGUCAUCUUUGUUAUCUUCCCAUGCAGACAACAGCCUUAGUCAAAGUCCAAUGGAAGUAUUGUAA